GUCCGCACAUGGAAAGAAUUCCUAGUUUCGUUUUGAGAUUUUCGGAAAAUCCGAUAGACAUGCCUGUGGACUUUCCUUUUCUGGAUAUGUAUACGGAUGGAUAGAAAAAAAACAAACACAUGAAGUGUUCAAACACAGGUUGCGACUGGCAGGGCCAAGGUAAUUUUUGCCAGUCAUGUGGUAAUAAAAUGAUACCAGAUGCCCCUGCUGAAGUAUUUAUAAUAUGCAGCGGGACGUUGGACGGCGUGGUAUGUGGAGCAGAGCUGAAAGAGUCACAGAACUUCUGUUGUACAUGUGGGUCUCCGGUUGAUAAACGUUUGUUUGCUAGUCUGCAAGAAAAAUGCAAAGGUUGUGGGGCUGUUCUAGGCCCAGAUUCCAAAUUUUGUGCAGAGUGUGGACUGAAAAAGGGGACAGUUGUACCAUUGAAAACAGCUGUCGGGAAUACAGUGGAAAAGGGACCAGCUUGUGAAAGCAGACCUGUCUCAGAAACUUCACAUUCAACAACGGAUACAUUAGAAGGAAAUACAAAAAACGUUAAAAACUUAGAGGAAUCAAAGUUAUCAAAAAAUGGGCCCGAGAUCGAGUCGGAGAAAUGUACGGAGAUACAGGAUAGCGAAACUAUGUCGGUUAAGGUAGAGGAAUCGGAGUCAUGUGAUUCCUCUUCAGCAUCGGAAUGCGGAGAACAAACAGAUGAUAAAUCAACAACCACUAAAAAGAAGAACAGAGGUGGAAGGAAAGCAGAAUCGAAAAGAAAAAGAGAGCAUAAAAGUAAAGUACAUGCAGAGAAGUAUAAUUUGAAAAGCAAAGAACUCUCUGAGCUAGAGACUAAUGUGAAAGAGAUUGGCAGUGUUGAGGAAGAACAGAAAGAACCACCAGAAAGCAAGGUGCAAGAAUUACAUUUAAACAGCGACGUCUGUGAUGAUACAAAUAACAAUUCCUUGGGUAAUCAGACUCCAGUUUUUGGUAAUCAUAGACAAACAGAAGAUAAUACUGAUGGCGAUUAUAGUGUUGUUUACCCGCCAGAUCCAACUGGUCCGACUUUCUUUUCAUCUGGAAACAACACACGAAUAUCUCAAGAUUCCAUGAAAGCAGAUUCCUUGAAUAAUGAUCAAGAAAAUUGUAAACCUGUAGCUGACGCUCAUAAAGAAAUAGAGAAUACGCAAAGGCAGUUUGAAGAAAGCACAAACACUCAAAGAGAUAAGCAGUUAAAUGCAGAAGACAAAAUGCAAAAAGAUGAAAAGAACAAAGAUGAAAAGACAAAGACGGACAGCGGUAGACAAACACAUGUACAUAAAGAGACGGAUACAUCAAAGGCUAAUCCGACCGGUGGCAAUGGCCAGAUUGAUGUUGUUUUUCACAUUCUUGUUCCAACAAAUAUGAUAAAGGACAACAGAAAUGUGUUGCUCGUCUUUGGAGCACAUGAAUUUGGAGGCUGGGAUAGCAGAAAAUAUGCGUUGCAUACUGUCAAAAUGUACACUGGUUAUACAGAAAUGAGUUUCAGUUUGACAAUGGCGAGAAAUCAACUGCAAAGGCACUUAAAAUACAAAUACGUUGUGAUGAAAGAUAAAUCAAAGCAGUCCACUGAAUGGGAAGACUAUUACCUCCACACGAAUGCUGAUAGGUUCCAUAACAGGAGGUUGUUUGUAGAGCCGCAUUUAGUGACGAAGAAAGAGGAAUGGCAUCAGUAUGAUGGAGUUGUUACCGUAAAGCCGAGUGAAAACAUUUUGCAAAAAUUUGGAAAUUGGAUUGUUGGAAAAAACGAAAUUGACUGGGAAUCUCACCCUGAAGAUUUUGCUAGAAGGUUGUGUCCAUCUUGGUUCAAGUCUGAUUUUAAUGUAAUGGAGACGACCCAGACACACCAUGAGUCCAUUUAUCACUUGGAAUGUUUGUACAAAGGACUACGCAAAAUAUACCUUGUUGAUGCACGCACAUUUUCAUCUGAUGAUGCAUUUGCUACAAGGUUCGCUACUUGGAUAUUGACUCCACUCUCUGAAUGCCUUGUUCGGCAAGAAAGCGCCUCUGCUGGAAUUUGUGUCACAGUCAUACGUGCCCUGUGUAUUGUUGUGGUUUGUGAUAAACUGAAACUCCCAUUGCUGGAACAGACAUGGCAGAAUGUGUGCAGAUGUUUGCUAGUGCAUGCGGAUACUGUCAACAAUACAUGUGCUGAACUAAAAGACAUAUUAGAAUACUUUCCCGAUAGAAAGUAUUUGGCGAAGGCUGUUGCAAAUUUUGUAAACCGAGUUGACAGGUUUGGCAAAAAUCCUUCCUGGCUGUUUUGUUUACCUCUGAUACAUUUCCUGGAAGAUAUUUGUAAACCAUUCGGCAAAGUAACAACGCAAAGAAACCAUUCUGACAGGGUUCCGAGAUGGUGGGGAAUUGUAGAAAUACAAUCUGCUGUAGAUUCCUUUAAACGGAAUUCUUAUAGGUGGCAAAUUUCACUUGCUAGUAUUUUAGCAACAAUGCAGCCUUUAUUUGAAAUGGAUUUUUACCUGCCACGAAGCAUAAUUGCUUGUCUCAAACCAGUUGAGCUUCGGGAAGUUAUAGGAGAAGAAAUAUUACCUGUGGAAGUUUGUUGUGCUACACUUUGCUGUUUCAUAAAGAGAACCAAGCCAUCAUACAAUCAAGGCAAUCAAGUUUCAACUGAAUCAGAUGUUAUCGGCGAGGAAAAGACUGUAGUAGACUGCAUUUCCAAAUUGAAAAACAGGCUUCAGUGCUACUCAAUUCCUAUAGGGAGUUCAAGAAAACAGUGGUGGCUUGCAUUCAUGAUCGCCUUUGAGUGUCUCCAAGAGGCAGUAUCUACAAAAAGAACUUCAAAAGUCAUUCCAAGCGCUCAAAUAUUUCUCCACUGUGUUUCUGUCUACCAGCGUAUAUGCAACCAGGCAGAUAGCGAAGAGGACAAAAUGGAAACGAGACUAGAAGAAAAACACAAGGAACUUAAAGAAAAAGCUUGUGAUUGUAUACUAUCUUGGUUAAGGACAUACGCCAGUGAGUACUGGAUGAUACGUAUGGCCGAAAACCUUCAAGUAUGGAACAAAGCCUUUGUAGAACAACUGAAAGAAGAAGAAGUUGGAAUAUACUGGAAUGAAUGUGUUGCAAAUAGAUUGAUUCAAAAUCUCAGUCUAGAGAAAAACACUGUGACAUCGGAAUUUUUGCGACAUUAUUGCCAGCACCUUGAUGGCUACUCGGGACCACUACAAGACUGUUUGAACAGAUUUGCACUAAAAGCAGUUGAAGGAGGCAUCGAUUUAGAUAUCCUAUCCCUUAGAGAAGCCGAGAAGGCUAGAUUUGCAACAUUGCUAUCUGAGAUGUUUCAGAGAGAGUGGAGAUCAGUGGAUAUUGGAGAACAGGACUUGAGAGAAGAACGAAUUUUGAAAAUGGUCUUAUCUUGGUCACCUUUUCGCCAAUUCUUGAAAAGCCUAUAUAACAAUGAAAAGUGUAGUUGCUACCUUUCGAAAACUUGCCAGAAUAAUUUACGAAGUACGACAGCUGUAGUUCAUAAUAGCACAGAGGCUAUUGUUACUGGAAAUAUAAGAAUUGGUACACUCAAGUACAUUCAGAGGAAUAAAAACGUAUUCUGUGAGGUAGUGCAAGAAAUUAUGUCCGAAAAGAAAGAGAUUUCACGGGUCAUAUCCAAAGCUGUGAAUAUAAGAAUACAGGAGGUGCAAGCAUUUGAAGAACAGGCCGACAAAAUAAAGGCAUUUGUUGAUCUUUGUACACAUUUUCCAGAAGGUAUAAUUGUGUGGCUUUUUAAAUUUUGUUAUAUUAUUGUAAUACCGUUAUAUUUAAAACUGUAAUAUAAUUAAACAAGA